CCCCAAACGAACGAACUGUUGGCCGUAACUUCCACGUCCGACGGCGCUUCGUUUCUUAGCCUCCAUUUUUCUUCCACAUUCCCAAUACCAUCAUCUCAUUUCAGGAUACUUUUCAGCGAGCACAGUGCAUGAUGUCAGCUCGGCAAGACUCUGACAACCUUGCGUGGGAUCGCAGCGACGAACGCUGGGAGCAGGCAAUCAGGCAGGCCCGAUUGUCAUCGCAGUGUCGCAAGAUCGAAGCCUUUGCCGAGAAAAUAUAUGGAAAAACUGCAACCUUGGUAACUCCACUGGUUAUCGGGGGAUACAAUGUGCUAUAUCCUAUCCUCCUCGAAGGCUCAUCAGCUCCUGUUCUAGUCCGCGUGUCCUUGCCCGACCAGGCCGUCUUUCCCGAGGAAAAAACAGCUGCAGAAGUCGCGACAGUCACUUACGUGGCCCGAAAUACUGAGGUUCCGGUCCCCGAGACUUUCCACCAUGGCGUUGAGUCUGAUGUUGGACCUUUCAUGAUCAUUCAAGAUCUCGAGUCCAGGCGGGUUAUGGGCCAAGUGCUGGAUGGUCCCCGCGAGGAUCCCAACGAGCAGGCUGUCUUGAACCCUGACAUAUCUGAGAGUAAGCUCAAGGACCUGUACACCAAGAUGGCACGGUGGGUCCUGCAGCUUGCACAACCUACAUUUCCGCGCAUAGGAGCCCUAGCUGAGACGGGUGGUGGAUCUCACUCCGUGGCGGGACGACCCAUAACCAUGAACAUGAGCAACAUGGUCCAGCUUUCCAACAUCCCCAAAUCGAUCUUCCCGCCCGAAGGCACCACGUAUGAAACCGCUGAUGCGUGGUACGUGGCCCUGGCCGACAUGCAAAUGGCGACGCUGGUCUUCCAGCACAACGACAUGGUAUCGUCAGAGGACGACUGCAGGAACAAGUACGUGGCUCGGCAGAUAUUCCGAAAGCUGGCCAAACAAGGGCGGCUGUCAUCGUUCGGGUUUGCCCAGGACGACUGGUCCGCGAGGUCUCAGCACUCCCGUUCGACGCUGCCGAUGCCGGAUGGCUCGGGCUCUUUCCGCCUCUGGGGCGAUGACUUCCGGCCGGCGAAUAUCAUGGUCGAUAACAACGACAAUGCCAUCGGGGCCAUUGACUGGGAAUUCGCCUAUGUGGGACCAACCCAAUUUGUCCUGGACUCGCCGUGGUGGCUUCUCCUGGACGUGCCUGAGAGUUGGGACAGCGGGAUCGAGGACUGGGCCAGCGUCUACGAGAGACGCCUGGAAACAUGGCUCUCGGCGAUGGAAGACGCAGAACGAGAUGCAGCCCCCGGCUCCCUGCUCCUCUCGGCAUACAUGCGAGAAAGCUGGGCGACGGGCCGCUUCUGGCUUGACUAUGCCGCAAGAAAGAGCUGGGCGUUUGACACCAUCUACUGGAAGUACCUGGACGAGAAGUUCUUUGGCCCUCGGGAAAAGGAUAUACCCAAGAAGGAUUGGUGGCGAGCGAGGAUGCAUCUUCUCAGCGAGGAGGAGCGCGCGGCGAUGGAGCCGCUGGUCGAAACGAAGAUGGGGGAGUCGAAGGAGCGGGUUCUGGUCGAGUGGGGCGACGCUGAGGCAAGACGGCACUUGUCUUCCUUCCUGUUCGACUGAACUGUUAGACGGGGCCAUAUAGAGCAACCCCGGCUGUUUCGGGGUCUGUUACUUUGGGGCAGGGUCACCGCCUAGUAACUGAGUGCUGGCUGGCUCCACUCAAGCUGGGAUGCAUAUGCACAAGAAGCAACCUGAGAUGUAUAGAUACUUGAUACACAAAAACGGACCAUCAAAGGUAUGACAGUGUCAUGAAUUACAACUCACCCAUGCUGGAAA